AUGCCCAUCAGAAUCAUAUGUUAUCUCUUCAUUUCUAUCCCACUUUUUCAUUGUUUCUCAUCGUCAUUUUCCUCUCUUUAUCUGCUACAUUCAUUCAACUGUCUCUAUCUAUCUAUCUAUCUAUCUAUCUAUCUAUCUAUCUAUCUAUCUAUCUAUCUACAUCUCAAUCUCAUUAUCUAUCUAUCUAUCUAUCUAUCUAUCUAUCUAUCUAUCUAUCUAUCUGUCCUAGUCGGUAAUGUAUUAUCUAUCUACCUGUUCAUAUCUAUCUAUCUAUCUAUCAUUCAUCUAUCUAUCUAUCUAUCUAUCUGUCCUAGUCGGUACGUAUUAUCUAUCUACCUGUUCAUAUCUAUCUAUCUAUCUAUCUAUCUAUCUAUCUAUCUAUCUAUCUAUCUAUCUAUCUGUCCUAUCGGUACGUAUUAUCUAUCUAUCUAUCUAUCUAUCUAUCUAUCUAUCUAUCUAUCUGUCCUAGUCGGUACGUAUUAUCUAUCUAUCUAUCUAUCUAUCUAUCUAUCUAUCUAUCUGUCUGUCUGUCCUAGUUUGGUACGUAUUAUCUAUCUAUCUGUUCAUAUUCAUCUAUCUAUCUAUCUAUCUAUCUAUCAUCUAUCUAUCUAUCUAUCUAUCUAUCUGUCUGUCCUAGUCGGUACGUAUUAUCUAUCUACCUGUUCAUAUCUAUCUAUCUAUCUAUCUAUCUAUCUAUCUAUCUAUCUAUCUAUCUAUCUAUCUAUCUGUCCUAGUCGGUACGUAUUAUCUAUCUAUCUGUUCAUAUCUAUCUAUCUAUCUAUCUAUCUAUCUAUCUAUCUAUCUAUCUAUCUAUCUAUUUAUGUAUCUGUCUGUCUACAUCUCAAUCUCAUUAUCUAUCUUCUAUCUAUCUAUCUAUCUAUCUAUCUAUCUGUCUGUCCUAGUCAGUACGUAGUAUUUAUCUACCUGUUUAUAUUCAUCUAUCUAUCUAUCUAUCUAUCUAUCUAUCUAUAUCUCUGUCUACAUCUCAAUCUCAUUAUCUAUCUAUCUAUCCACACCUCAAUCUCAUUAUGUAUCUAUCUAUCUGUCUACAUCUCAAUCUCAUUAUCUAUCUAUCUAUCUAUCUAUCUAUCUAUCUAUCUAUCUAUCUAUCGUAGGACUCAUUAUCUUUCUCUAUUUCUCUUUCUUAGAUUACAUUCGCAUUUUCGCUGCCAGAUCCGUUCUAUUUCUCGUUCCGUCUUUUUUUUUUUUUUUUACAAUUUCUUUUUAAUUCCUUCAUAUAUGGUUCUUAACUCACUCUUUCUACCAUGUUGUUUCUUUCAUUUUCUUUUGCCCUUUCUUUCUUUCUUUCAUUUCCUUUCUUUCUUUCUUUCUUUCUUUCUUUCUUUCAUUUCCUUUCUUUCUUUCUUUCUUUCUUUCUUUUUCUCACGGAAACCAAACGGUGUCUCCAAUAUGUCUUUUAUGUCUUUCAUUGCGAUCAACACGAAAUAA